AAGAUGAAAACUGCCUUACGAGCAAUGAAAUUAUACUUGCAUUUAAAGAAUAAACCAUAGUGCAUAAUUUCAGAGCUUCGUGUAGAAUAUAUUCCCUUUUCUCUGGCGUGUUUGGUUUAUAAGCUAACUUCCCAUCCAGAAAUGAAUGGUCAAGCAGACGUCGAAGUUGACUACAAGCGGAAAUACAAAAACCUCAAGCGAAAAUUAAAAUUCCUCGUAUAUGAACAGGAAUGCUUUCAGGAGGAGCUGAGGAGGGCGCAGAGAAAACUUCUCAAAGUUUCCAGAGACAAAAGCUUCCUCCUGGACAGAUUGCUACAGUAUGAGAGGGUAGAUGAAGACUCCUCAGAUUCAGAUGCCACAGUUUCUUCAGAGAAUAGUGAAGGAGAAGGCCCCAGAGAGAGGGAAAGAGAACGAGAUGUAGUAAAGAAGCGACGGAGUAGCCCUGGAGCUUGUCUUCCUUCAUCGUCCUCCCCUCAUCUCUCCCUGCUGUCCCGUUCUGGUGUAAAUCCCUUACAGUCCUCAGGCUCUGGACCCUACCUCAACACUAUGCCCUUCCCACCAGAGUAUUUGGCUCCUCCAGCUGAACGAAUGAAGAAAGUGAGAAAAACAAAGACGCCUAAAAACAAGAAAGAGACUACUGGGAAGGUUGUUGCCCCCAUGUCAGCCAACUACCCAUCAUCCACUGCAGCCCCUACGACAGCCGGCGGCCCUUUCAGCUGGGUCCCCAGACAGAUGCUAAGUGGAGAUGCAGCUGAGGAGGAAGGAGAUAGUGAUGGAGACAGCGACAGAGGAGAUGAGGAUAGAGGGGAGGGAGACGAGGCUGAACUGGUCAUUGAUAUACCGAACGAGUGAGCCUGUGACUGUGGGUUUGAACGUAUUUAUAAGCAGAGGGGUUAAGAGGUUGUACAUCUGUGUGUGUGAGAUUCAAUGGAAAGUGAUUUCAUGUUUUUUUCUAUGUUGUCACCUUUUUUACAUUUUUAAAAUAGAAGACAAGCUCUCCCUUGUGGGCAUUUGCUUAACUGCAGGAUCAGUGUCAAAAACUUGUACCAGAUAGAUGUGAUUUUUCCAAAAAUUAUGAUGUAAAUUGAACCUAUGACAACAUUUUUGUACAAUAAUUUCUGCUCCAUUAAAUCUCUUUUUAGUAUGAGUUAUAUGUAGAAUAUUGCAUCAUCUUUAUUGACUGUUUUGACACCUGCAUCUGCUUAUGUUUUUUUUAACAUUGUCACAAAUCAAAGCUAUUUCAUGUACAAAGAGAUAUAACAUUUUGCACUCAUCGAAGUGUGUGUGUGUGUGUGUGUGUGUGUGUGUGUGUGUGUGUGUGUGUGUGUGUCAGAGAAUGAUGUAAAAGUGUUUUCAUUUCAGAUUACUAAAGAUAAAUGUGAACUCAA